CCCUUUCUUAUUCCUUUCUUAAAGGAAAUCAACGUAGCAACAACAGAACAGAUGAUAGCAAAGCUAACAAAUGUCAGGUAGCUGAAUCCCACCAGAGAUCAGAUCUUAAGAUCUGUUCUGAGACUGCAUCAUGCAUGGUGCAGUUGGACAUGUUCACACAAACAUAACUCAGAGUUUGUAAUCAAAGCAGAGCACUUCAUGCAGGAAGGAACAGGAAGAAUAACUACUGAGUCAAAGGCAGUCAGCUUUAGAGCGCAGCGCAUUUUUAAAUGCAGGGCUAAUAUAGCUUGAUUGAGUCCGUGUGUACCUACACAGGCUUACAUUAGAAACCACUUGAGAUUAACAUACUGCUGGGAGAUGAGACACUGGUGAAUCGGGAACUUUGUCAUUUCGUGGACUGAUAAGCCUGGACAAUAGGGUUUUCCUUCCUUACUGGCUGUGUUAUUAAGUUUCUUCUCCAAAAGGCAUGCAGUAACACAGUAACGUCUCUGAGGGCACUCAGUGAAACAGUUGCAGGUGGGUGGUGGAUCACUGGACUGCAGGGUUAGGGUGUACAACCAGAUCACUGCUGAUUCAGAGCACGCAGUUCUUCAACGUAAAAAGUUUCUAUAUUCUAGAGGAUGGUCAAGUGAGUGUGGUUCAGUGUUUGAGCAUGUUUAGAGACCUUUGGGCUUUGUGACCCACUGCUACAUUACUCACCGCAGUUCCACCCACGGGCUUGGCAUUGAACAUUACACCUUCAUAAAUACUGUUUGCAUAUAAUCAACUCGAUAAAAGCCAGAAUGUAUUUGUACAGAGCUUUUACUUACUUUUCAUAGCACAAAGCAGCUGCUUCCACUUCCUUUUCCUUACUCUUUGUGCUCCAUCUGACGGAGGAAGAAAGAGGUCUUACUGAUAAAAACUGGCUCCACAGAAGACAGUGAAUUCCGCCUUUAAAGGUUUAAUACAGAAACCACGGCACAAAUGGGCCUCCACAUCACCAAGCACUCCAAAGUAAAACAAGCUAAUAUACUGAUGUUAGGACUUGAUUCUGCAGGGAAAUCUACUCUGCUGUACAAGUUCAAGUCUGAUGACGUUUUUCUAACAAUUCCAACAAUUGGUUUUAAUGUCGAUAUGAUCGAAACUGGGAGAGAUUUUACACUGACUUUUUGGGAUGUUGGAGGACAACAGAAAAUGAGACAGCUUUGGUGCAAUUUCCUGGAAAAUGCAGAAGGACUCGUGUAUGUUGUGGACAGCGCUGAUAAGCAACGUCUAGAGGAAUCAAAGAAAGAAUUUGAACUCCUUUUAAAGAAUGAAUCUAUAAAAAACGUACCGGUCAUCGUGCUAGCAAACAAGCAGGAUUUGCCCGGAGCUUUAAAUGCUGAGGAAAUAACCAGGAGAUUCCACGUGAAGAAGUACUGCUGUGACAGAAAUUGGUACGUACAGCCCUGCUGUGCUAUCACGGGAGAAGGUUUGUCAGAAGCUCUCCAAAGAUUGACUGCAUUUGCAAAACACUACAGCAGAUCAAAGGAGAUCUCUACAAGUUUUAAGCAAAAUGAAAAAAGUUAAGAAUUUCUACCAUCAGAUUUUGGUGAAUAUGACUCAAAAUAUUUUAUCAGAAAGACUAAAAUAUUUGAUUCUGGAGAACUCUUAUAGCUAAAUAAAUAUUUAUAAUGCACUUUGAUGAUUUGAAAUUACAUUCUUAUACCUCCAGAUGCUUCUGAGAUACUGCUGCACUUCAUAUGGCACCAUACUCGGGGUUAUUCAGCUCAGAAGCGUGUGUUGAAUGGCAAAAAAGGCAGAGUUGACCACUUUAAUUUCUGCAGUUGCAAAGAAAAUAGAUGUCACAGAGCUGAUUGAACGCCAUCCCAAUAGGAUUGAAUGCUGUUUUAAAGGAAGACAGGGAACAACCUAAGGAACCACGGUACAUUUGGAUAGUAACACUCCCUCCUUCCUCUGGGAAACAACUCCUCCAGUAACUGAAUACUCUGCAGAAUCAAAGGAAGGGAUAGUGCAGAAGAAAUGCAGGACUUCUGAGAAAGGCUUUCUCAGUAUCAGUAUUCUGUGAUGUUCUUGUCCUGCUCACAGCAGUGCACAGUUUACCUGCAUUGUCACUGUGCUACAUCUGGAGCGAAGCUGGGCUGCCAUAACGGGACACCUCCCCUCCUGCUCUUCUCCCUGACCCCUUCCCCAGGUACACAGUUACACUUGCAGGUCUUUGCACAGCAGAGAUUUUCUCACUUUCCCACUGCUUCAAUAGUUACCACAGAAGCAAUGGCAGUUUUUGUGGUCUUUUUAUUAGAUUUUCAUUGAGCUCUGUGUGCUUGCUCUCAUGCUGCUCCUUAUACUUGGAAACAAUAACCCAAAUGAAUUUACAAAACUGUUUCAUUGUUUUUUUCCAGAUCCUUCCUUAAAGCACUCCCUUCCCACCAUGUAUUCAGAAAUCCUGACAAUAGCUCUCCUGCUUUUACGAUACGGCCUUGGCCCAUAUUUUUGACAACUAUUUUAUUAUUUCCUUGUAUUCCUCUUUUAGCUCCAGAAUGUGCUUUCUUUGGUCCAAAGAUCAUCUUUUUGUUCUGCGUUUCAUAUACUGCCUGAUUGAUGAAAAGAGUUUAUAGACUGUAUCCUAUUGCUAUCGUUAGCCCCAAUCCUAUGGGAUAUCUGCAAAAAUAAACAAUUUUUGAGUUAAAAUAAACCAUAAGGCUUCAAAAUCUAAGCCUUGUGUAUUUGUCCUUUACAGUAAAGAUAGUUGGAGACAGCAGCAACACCUGCACUGCUCCAAAGCCAAUCUCCCUAACAACCACGCUUGGCUGUUAAAGGGUAACUGUGCCUUAAUAUCGCUCAGUUACUUUAUCUAAGGUAUACAUAUUAAUCACUGAAGAAUGCUAUUCUCUCAGCCCUCUCUGAACUGAUUUGAAAUUCUGAAUUUAUGAGAAAAUCCCUCAUUUCAUUUUGAUGUAAAAUAAAACGUAAAGGUAUUCUGUAAACAGCUUAACAACUACAAGAGAGAUGAAUGUCAGCCUCCAUCAGUCGGGUUUGAUGCCCAGAGCCCUUCCACCUCUGGAUGCUGUCAUCUCACCUACCCAUGGCACAGGGCCAUGCCUUUUGUCUGAAAUCACCUUUUUCCUUUGCUGAGGACUUACAAUGUAAGGUUCAUUGUGCCUAAAAUAUACAUAGCUGCUCACAAUAGGAAUGCUGAUGUAUUCAUCAGUUACACAUGCUGCAGGCAGCACAAGUGCGUAAAAAUACAGCUUGAUUUACUCUGGUUUAUUUCCUAAUCUAAGAAGAUUAAAAUAAAAUAAGAAAUAGUCUGCUUCAGACAAGGUAUAUAAGGAAUUAUGCAGGAGGUGAACUGAGAGAAGAUAAGUAAAGAAACGAUGGAAAAAUAUAUAAAAAAAGAAAAAUUGGUGAGAAGUGUUCCCAGGGCAAACACAGCAGUAGGUACGUGCAGAUAAACUGAGCAACACAAAGCAACACAAACAAGUCAUGCUGCAGUCACCAACUCUUGAGCAUUUUUCACAUUUCCCUCUCGUUAUAAGAGUGAUAAGAAGCCUCUUCUUGUUUUAAAAUAAAUAUUUAAUGCAUUCUCACUUUUGCUCACAUACGUAACCACACAAGUAUUCUCUCUGUGUGCAUUACACCAAAAGGAGAUUUUUUUCAUAGAUUUCAGUGACAUUCAGCCCCCAGAACAACAUCUCCUUAAGGAAAAUGUAGUACAAAUAACUGACUCCCUAUCGCAACUCUAAGUAGUAUUAAUUAACUAUUUAAUCCCAAAUAAGAAUAAUUAAAAUAUGUUGCACCAUAUCAAAAUCAAAUGUGGAAAUGAAAUACAGUAGCCUAAAAUUGCUCUUCUACCUAUCCUACAUAAGAAGACACUUGUGUUUCUCAGCUAUCAUCUGCUUAGUAAGGACUAUACUUCACACCUUUCCUUUUUUAAAACUAAGAUUUUCCAAAGAGUCUUUUGGUUCAUCAAGCACUUAAGAUAAUCAUUUACUGCCUAUGCUACUAAGCAAACAAAUACAUAGUCUUAGGUCUCAUGUUAGUAAAAAGCCCACGUAGAGUUCUGGGUAAAAUUCAAGCCAAAUACUGGAAGUCCUUAUCUCAUUUGAGCAAAAUUACAAAAACACUUUAUAAAAGUUCAGUAUUUCCUCACUGAGACAUCUUGUGGCACAUAAGACAUACUGCAGUUAAUAAUAAUUAAACUCUCCGACUGUAAAUUCAAAUGGUGACAACGUGAGCUUGAGAUCAUUUUGGUUUGAGAUGUUUAUACAACACAGAGCUAAAAAUCUGCACACUCCUUUUUCAGCCACAAACUCAUUAAUUAAAACAGCAGUGAAGCCGUUCAGAUAAGAACCUUUACAGAUAUCAAAUAUCUACAGCCCAGUGGUAACAAAUGUGGCACUUCAGGAAAUACCCACACUUCAUUCCACCUUAAGAUGACUGUUUCAAAAUUACAGCACUUUGGGGAACAGAAACUUCCUAGCAGUGCAUGUUUUCUCAAAGAAGUGUCUAAACAGAGCGAUGCAUUUACUUUAAUAUUUGACCUGGACAAAAAAUGUUCUGCUUUAAACCACUUCAAAUGUAAAUAUUCCAAAUCAACUCCAAAUGCCACGGACUGAAAUGCUCGACAUUCUUCUGUCAAAAGAUUUUUCUCAAAUAACUUCUUUUGAGGAAAUUAUUUAGAAUUCCCUCAUUAACAAUUCUUGUUAUUCUGUUCAUUUGUACCUCACUGGAUCAUCUCAUCCUCUCGCAGCCCUUCCAACUCAUGAAGAUAAGAGUACCACCAGUGAGGAAGUGGCCAGAAGAGCUCCCCCGAUACACAGGAGACCUUCUGUAAGUGAUUAAUUACAUCAUUAACACAGAACCCUCUUCUAUAUGUUUCUUCCUGUGCUCUGGGGGCUUACUCUCACUAACCCACUGGGCACAAAGACAUUGUGUAUUUCCUUGUAAUUAAAAACCCAUUCAAUAUUUUAACAAUGUAAUUCACGUAUACAGCAAAUUGUAUGAUGUCUUUCAUAUUUGCUUCACGGGGUUCUGAUUUAUUUACAGUAUGUAAAUGCUGAGAGGAUUAAAAACUGUUCCUAUCUCGUGGGAAUCCCUCCUGCAAUCUGGUCUAUAGAAGGAGCUGUGAUUGUCAUAUAUAAUGAGCUAAAGUUAACAGAACAACAAGCCUGACAUUUACUUGAAACAUCUCUUGAAGUUAUGGAGCACUGAACUUAAGUUUUGAAGCAACUUGAUUUAAUAUUUGACUGUCACAUUGUUGGUGCAUGGUAGUGUCUUGUUUUAGUAAAUUCAAGAUUAAUUCCAUAACAGCACUCACCCUAACCUAGCACCCCUCUGAUAGCCAAGCCUACCUCCCCAGAAAGUGAAUCCUCGUGCCAUCAAACAUGUGGCUGUGCCCCUACCUGAAUGGCUGUCAGUGGGUUUCCUAGGUGAAGCAGUUGUUACUGGGGUGGAAAUCACCCACUGAUUUCUUUUUCUAACUCUUGGUUGUAGCCUUUGGGAAAAAAAGUAAACAACAGUCAUUCAAAUAUUCAAUAAGCUUUACCCAGUAACACAGAUGUCCAAAGCUUAACAACCUGUUAGUGCACAACACGUGCCUGUUCCCUUCUUCCUUCACUCACUCCUUUGUUUGUUUGUUUGUUUUAUUUUUCUCCAAAAGCAAUUUUUAUUAUUAGAGUAAAAUGUACACUGGCAGCUAUGGACACAAAAACAAAUAUUCAGGCAGGUAAGUCUGCCUCAAAAUCUUCUGUGUAACAGACGGAAGCUCAAGGCAGCUUUACAUCAGUUUUUUACUUCCUACUUUGUGGGCAAGUACUACUGAUAGUCUUCUGAAAUACUGCAAGAGUCGGCCAUCACAGCAUCCAGGACUGCCAUGCUGCCAGUCCUGUCACUCAGCAGCACUGCUUCCCCCCAGUCCUCUCUCUGUGCCAGCAUUAUUUUCCUGCAGGAACAGCACAAAAUUCUGCCCUAUCUGUCUCACAGACUGAAUAUCACAACUGAGAAAGGACAACAGUCACUCCAUCGCUUAUUAGGAUGUAAUUAUGUGCUCCUAAACCAGAAUUGCCAUUAACCUUAAAAUGAAUUUUCACACGAAGUAGUUAGUAAUUUAUAAGAGCCUUGAAUUACAGUUCAUAACUGAAAGGAGAUUUUAAUAAUAUAAAAAGAAGUAAUGAACACUAAAAGAAAGAGUUGAUGUAGGUGAUCUGAUAGAAGUAUAGAGUCCUUCAAGCUACUAAAACUCCACAUAUUUCAGGAAAAUUAUGUGGCCAUUAUUCCCCCUCCAAAAGAAAAGCUGAAACAGAAAUAUUACCCUUUAUCAGACACCAGAAAAUAAAGGAGAGCUCAGUCACAAAUUCUUACAAGAAUGGGCCUCGUUAGUGCUGCUGCUCAGAAGUACUCAUUUUCUUCAUUAUAGUUCAACAAAGAGAUAUGCAUAGUUAGUGUAUUUUCACAUCUCUACUCAAUACCGAUCCUUCAGCCUUCCAAAAUUCCAAACGCAGUUAUGUAUUCUAGUUCCCUUGCAAAAUUAGACUGAAACACAGCAUUGAAAAUAGCAAUCUGCAUCUGGACAUUUACAUAUUUAUUCAUAAAAGAUGCAUCUCAGAUCUGAUGCCAUUUUGUACGCUAAAUUCUGCUCACUGGCAGCAUCAACAGCCAGAAUCAUAGAACGGCCUGGGUUGAAAAGGACCUCAAAGAUCAUCUAGUUUCACCCCCCUGCCACGGGCAGGGUCACAACCACCAGACCAGGCUGCCCAGAGCCACAUCCAGCCUGGAAAGAUGUAAUACAGCUUAAAAUUCAGGUGCCCCCAUAAACGUCCCUAGUUCUGUGAUCCUAUUAGUCAUAGGGCCACAGAAUAUCUUUAGUUGAAAGGGACUUACAAGGAUCAAAGAGUGCAACCCCUGUCUCCACACAGCACCACCCAAAAUCCAAACCCUAUGUCUGAAAGCACUGUCCAAACACUUCUUGAACUCCAGUGGCUUGUAGCUGUGACCAGUGCCUUGCGGAGCCUCUUACAGUGUUCCACAUCCAAUGUGAAACUUCAUAUUAAUUUUUAAUUGUCUAAGCAUAUUGUAUAUAACACUUGUUUUUCAAAAUACAGCUCUGAGCAUCAUUCUUCCACCUGAUAGACCAAGGAACAGAGGAUGUGAGGGCAGGUGACCUCUGCUUGCUGAGGACAGCACAGGAGAGGAACAGAACUCAGAAUAUUGAAGUUCCCAGUCCCUUGUGCAGAUAAUAGUUUUCCUUCUAAGAACCAUUAUGGAAUUCACCUAAAGCAGAAGAUUCCUUUCACUGUGGUAUCAUCAGUGGAGCUAUCAGAGGAGAACUUGGUUCCAGCGACUUCUUUCUUUUUUUAACAUGGAAACAACAUAUCCCCAAGCCUGGCAGGGAACACAGAAACAGCUCAUUUAACCAACAAUUUCCUCACUUUUUAUCUCAAACAAACUUUUUUUCCCCGGUAUUUAUUAGGAAAUUGUUCUCUUUGAAAGGUAGAGCUGCUACAACAAAGACAGGAAACUCAACUCCACAAUCUGCUGAUCCCUACUUGGUUCUCCUUCUUCUUCAGCUAUUUGCAGCUGACAGAUUCCAUGAUCACCAAGAAACUUCCUUGGCAAGAGUUACUGCAUGGUCCCUAAGUUUGUCUUCAAAUGAUCUGAUCAUUAAAAGCCAAACGUACAGAGACUGGUGAAUUUUUCUACAGUUCAAUUUAAAUCAAAAGCAAUCUCAAAAUAGAAGGUUAUAUUAAAUACAAAGUUAUAUUAAAUCAGCUCAGGCAUAGGUUCGUGUACAGCUCCAGAUAGCUCUGACAGCCUGACCAUAAAUUCUAACAUGAGCGCCUGCUGCUCAGUGUUUGCAGUCAUGUGGGAGCCCUACGUUUAUUUUCUAAUCACAAGAGCAGAUGUUCAGCUGAUGUGAAUCAGCAAACCGCCCCCAAAGCCAAAGGAACUACCUUUAAUUUGUACCAUCUGGGGAUCUGUUUUGCAGGCCCUCUUUUUGAAGGCAAAGAAUGCAGUGCGUUAUCUUAGAACUAAUCGCACAGUAGCUUCCAAAAAAAAAAAUGGAAAAGGAAAAUAUCUAAAGCUCUUUAACUAGAAAAAAGAAGUCCUCAUUACGUGGUGCUUCAAAUUCAAACAGGCCGUGUGGGAGGACAUCCCCAGGACAAUUAUAAUACUUAGGCUCUAAGUAAGCACAGGAAAGAAAGCCUGGUGAAGGACAGCGUUAAACGAGUGAGAGCACUAAAACUGAUUUGGCACAGUGACACCAACAGGCCUUUGGAUUUAUGAACAUCUGAUAUGGGCCAGCGCUGAAACCAAGCGCGAGAGCUUCUCUCAGUAAUGUUAGUGCAUUGUACAACGUGAUUACAGUGUCAAAAAUGGAAAGGUGUUGAAUCCUACUGAGUUUUGGACAGCUUAGGACAUUUUAGGCUGGUUUUCAGUUCCGUGCAGUUCAAUGCUCUGAGUAUUUGCGUUGCUAGAAAGGUUUCUAAGCACUGCUCCAGCUAAAGGGUAGUUUUUAAAAGUAUAAAUACAUUAGGUUUUUCGCUAAAUACAACAAAGCUAAAAUACAGUGUAACCAAUGACUCUAAAUCCUAGAUGCAAAAUGGACACAGAAAAAUAAAGGGGACACAUGCACCAGAACUCCACAGCUUUUGAAUGUGACAGAAACAUCCCAUUGCAUGAGAGAAUGACUCUUGUGUGCACAUGAAUUUAGCCCAAAGAUAUGAGAGCUGAAACUACUUGCAGAAAAAUUCCCUAAAAGCUAUUUCUGUGCAUGCACUGAAGCAGCACCUGUCAUUGAUUACACGGGUUGUAUUAUCUUUCAAAGCAGGGUAAAUCAUUUCUCUCGCAGCCUUGGCCGCAGAGCAGCACUCUGAUGUCUUCGUAGGGGUAACUGCAAGGCCUGAGAUGAACACAGACACUUGCCAGGGGUGGUUACAAAAUGUUGGAAUACUAUACUACAUGUUAUGUAUAGUCAUGAGUUUCUGGUUCGCAUAUUUUACUACUGUCAUGCAAAGGACUUCAGGCAGCUUCCAACUUAAAAAGCAACUUAAAACAGCAGAGUAACAGUUUAAAAAGCACACUGAAAAAGUGAGGAGAGAAUCAGGGCAGAAGGCUGUACUUCGUUUUAGAUGUUCAUUUAUCUAAGAUAGCGCUAUUACUGUAUUUCUAGCUCAAAAGGGAUGACAAGCAUCCACCCCACGUUUCUUCAGUGCACAGUCCAUCAUACUGCACUUUUGCCUCCAGACAUAGGAAAAAGUAAAGCCAUGAUAGCAGUCAUCAAUGACAGCAGGAACUCUAGUGUGUUGUGGCUGCUGCAGGUACAGCACUGCAAAUUGACUUACAACUGGAGCAAAGCAAAUCUGAACAGCUAAUAAAGAACCAGCUAACAAAGCAAGAGGUCAGAGAACUUCAGGUUGGUGUGAACAUUUUCUAAAAGAGAAAAAAUUACAGUCUGGCUCAAACAGUUCAAGUGAGUAAAAUAGGAAAACAGCAUAGGAGAUUAUGGAGGCUCAGGCAAAACCCAACACCGUACUAAAAGGUGACAUCCAAAACAUAGCAGCUGGAAAUGGCACAUACAAAAGCACAGUUCUAACCCAGAGAUGUAAAGGAGGACUAAAUGUAACAGCAGUACCUGGAGAGUAGAAAUCAAUUUUCCUCUUAGAUUUAAUCUUAAAAGUUGCGCUGUCUUUUGCAAAAGCCCAACUUUGAUUUAGUUCCCCUAAAGCAGCCCGUGGCUCUCAGUUCAGGGGGAGGCCAGAAAUACAAGCAUAGUGCGUGCUGCUCACAGCCCAGCGCUGCGGUGUAGGGUCUGCACAGGCUCAUGCUAAGGGCUGUGUGCCGACUUGUUUCUGGCACCAUUACGCCUCCACCUGCCCUCUCCUUCAGCAGAAAAAGUCUGUCAGCACCUCCAUCUCUCUCUAGAAAAGCUUUUGAUGUUAAGGAGCUACAGCAGAGCACUUUGGGGACAAGUGAAAACAAGUGCAAAAGAACCUGAGCUACUUCAUGGAGCUUGAACCAGCCACAGAGUUUUACUUGAAUGGGUCCCAUUCAAUCUUAUGUAGCUAUUUUCUGUAAUGAUGUCCAUUUCAAAAUAAAGCCCCAUUUUGUGAAGCCCAGUUCUGUUUUCAUGUCUUUCUCAACUGGUGCAGCAUUCACAGCUGAUCCCAGUUCAAGUUCAGGUAUUACUUGAUAUGGCUGAUUUAACGUCCAGCAAGCACAGUUGGGGUCCAGACUUGGAAAUGCUGCUUGUAAAAUGAACACAUAUAUAGCUGUGUUUGCACACCAAAUAGAAGAUUAUCAGAAAAUAUCCUACCAGCAGACUAAUAUCUACUUUUUCGUUAAUACUAGCUAUUCCAUUUUGAGUCUGAAAAGGCACAUAAGCCCCAGGAUUAGUGAACAUUUUUCUAUGUACAAAACAAAUCUUCUCAGCUUUACAUAAUAUCUUGUUCCUUACACUACAGAUAUAGGUUUACUGGCUAUGAGAAGCGAUUUCCAGCAACUCAUUUUACUCAAAUGGACCAAAAUUUCUGUUUUAUGUUAAAA